CAUCCUUUCUCCGUGAGAAGCCUAUUAGGGACAAAAUGGCUGGGCAUAGGUGCUGUCAAUUUGUGGGCUCUUAUACACAGGACUGUUCACACACACACACACACACACACACACACACACACACACACACACACACACUAGUGCUACCUCCUUGUUAAACAAGAGAUCUCAUCAUACAUCAGGCUGGGAGAGGGGGAUGGAGGUAGAGGAAGAUGAGGAUAUGUGGUCUGAUAAGCCUCCCUUACCCCCAUCCCUAGUGUAUUAGAAAACAUUCAAUAAAGGUACAAUUUGUAGCUUCUCAAAUACCUUUCCCAUAGUUUCUUGCUGUGGCAGACACAGCAAGUAGUCUUGGCUUACAGUUCCCCUGGUAACGUCACCUCCACCCCUGGGGCCUCCAUGCUGGACUUGAUCCCUGUCUCCUCCUUCCCUCCCACCCUCUACCUCCUGAUACCAGAGUCUAUUUGAGCAGGGACACAAGAAACCUGAACUGAGCUGUGAAUUAAUGAUGAUAUACUAGGGAAUCUUGGGGGAUGGGAAACGAGAUGGUAUGCCCAGAUAUUGAUCAGUAGGAUGAGAUUGGCUAUUGGCACUGUUUUUUCUCUCUACCCCCUCAUAUCAGUCUCCCCAGUCCUGGAAAGAACAGAGAAAGCAUCAGGGGAAAGACCAGCAUUCCUUAUCUUCUCCCCAGGGAAAAUGAAGAAGAAGGUGGGGGGAAGUUGGUCCUGAACUUAAAUCUGCUUAGAGUUUAGCAGAAGUUCAGGAAGACUCUGGGCAGAUUUGGCUGCCAAUGAGCUGAAAUGACCCUUACAGCUCCUUGGAGGCAUCUCAAAAUGCCACUUCCUUUCCCCCUGCACCCACAGAGGAUGACCUUCAAACUGUGUCUGGGAGAGAAAGGGCUGUGUCUCGGUGGCUUGUGGGUUGCCAAUGGAAACUGGAGAUAAGGACCAUCUUCUCAGUGUCUCCACCCUCUGUGGGAUACAGGCCCAUGGGCAGAGUCAAGGAGUGGGAGUUCAUAAGAGAUGAAAACCUGGUUCCUCCCCUAUCACUUAAUUUCUAUCCACUCUCACCCACACCUGAUGCCUUUUUUUUUCCUUUGCCCUGUCGCUUUUCUGAUGCCUCCUCCCAUACUUCUUUUUGCCUCCCACCCUCCCACCUUCCAAAAAAAAAAUCACACCCAGUCUUUUGGCUGAAUGGGCUCUGUAUUCAUCACUCUCAAGCUUUCCUGAUUUCUUCCAGAUUGACCCAUCCAAGAAGAGAUUGAAACCUUCUGUCUCCCCUUCCUCUUUCCCUAGGAAAUGGUAGAAAUCUAAUGACCCAUUCCCCAUAUAUACAAAUCCAACCACUUAGAAAUGCUAGGGGUCUGGCAGUCUCUUAACUCACAAAUUGGCAGCACCUAUGACCAGCCAUUUUGUCCCUAAUAGGCUUCUCACAGGGAAAGGACAUGAUCUUUUCAUGGGCACUCUUUGGGCCAGAUGCCCCCUUCCUCUACCCCCCCCCCAUGUGAAUACUGUCAGAUUCACCAUUUCUCCUUCCAGUGCCCUUCCCUCCCCACUCCCUAGGGGCAGGCUGGGACAAGUUAUGCUGACUUUUGGGAAGUGGACUGUAUGGGGACAUAAGGGUGGGGACAGGUGGGGCACACCUAUCUCUCCAUUAACACGGACACAGGAGCCCCAUUUGAUGUGCCCAUCGUACCUGAGAGGCAUCCAAAACCAGUCUCUUGAAGGUGAGCCUAGAGUCUACAGAGAAAAGGAUCCUCUCCAGCCUUCAGCUUACUCUGAAACCAUUUGGGCACUUCUGACCACCCAAAGGUCUUAGCAAGCAUGGCUCCCGUGUUUCGAGACACCACCCAGUCCUUGGUACGGCAGCUGGAUCCGAUGGGGGACCUGAUUGCCCUAGGGAGCAUCGUUGAUGUUUCACACUUUCGGCCCUUCUGCUUGGUGCGAAGGAAGAGGAAGGGUACACUCUUCUGGGGAGCCCGAUAUGUCAAGACAGACCUCUCUCUCAGAGACGUGCUGGAGCCCGGAACUAAGCUGCCAGUGCCAAGAAAAGACACAAAGAUCACAAUUCAAGGGAACAGUGAAGGGAAUAUGGAGGCUGGAGUGAAGACUACAGCCAUUGGGAUACCUGUGGACAUCAAUAUCUCUGCCAGUGGCUCCCAUAAAAACUGCCUGGAGGUUCAGAAGCUCAGCAUCAUGGAUCAGCUGGAAUCCUUAAAGAAGUGGAAACUGAAGAAGCCAGAGCCCUCCUUCCUGAAGAGGCUUCGGGAGCGUGGGGAGAAUCUGUAUAUGGUGACCGAGGCAGUGGAGACGCUGAAGGAUGCUAAGCUGGAGAAGGGGAGAAAGGCUGGUGCCGGCAUUUCCAUCCCUCUCCUCACGGCCAUGGGGUUCAAGGGUUCCUUUAACUUCAAUACCAUCAUUCAUGUCCCUCUGGGCUCAGUCCUGGCCUUCCAGCUAAAGCAGCUUGUCAUUGGAGAGAAAAAUUGGGACAUCUCCCAUCUCAAAGAUAAAAAGCUGAAAACUUUCACCUCCUCUGAAGGACCCACAGGCCAGACAGGACCAGGGUUAUGGCCUGAGCCACCCUCCAAAGAGCUCAGGGGAUUCAAGGCACUUCAGGCUGAGGUGGAAGAAGAGAUGCCCAUUGUGAAGAGCAUGACCCUGGAACAAAGUGCAAUUUUGUUGGAGGCCCUCCUGGGGCUUCUGGGCCAGGCCAAAGCUCUGCAAGAGCUGGAGGACACGAUGAACCGAGCAUUGGCCCUUGAGGAGCCAGUGACCCAAGGAUUCCUAGGGGGCCCUGGGGAUACCAUCCUAGCCAAGCUGCAGGAUACCUCAGGCAAACUCCACCCUAUCCUGGCUGGGAGCUUUCUCUACCUGUUAGGGGCACUCCAGGAGCUGAGUGAAGAGCAGCAACAAUUGCUAACCAUGUCUGUGGAGAAGAGGAUCCUCUCCCAACAGCUGGAGCUGACAACCAACAAAAUCAGAGGUUGGACACAUGGGGGACACAUUCUACUCCUACCCUGUAAGCACCAGAUGAAGACCGUCCUGGACCAGAAUUUCAUUCGAGCUGAAGCGGGACCAUUCCGUCUUCACUGUGAGCUCCUCCAAAGCUUCCAAGGAGAGGAACUGACUGUGACCCAGGCCCUGAUAGGUCUCUGUGGCCUUGACCUACAGGGUGAUGGUCCCCUCUUUGCCUGGGAGCGCGAUGCCCUUCCUCCCCUCUGUGCCCUCUGUGCUGCCCUCUCUGUUUUUCAAGUACUAUCUAGAAAUUCUUGGUUUGGCAGUCCCUUCCCCCGGAUCCACACCACCCUGACUCACUCAGGGGCUAACUUGGGGGGGAUAGGGAAGAUGGAGUGGGACUUGGGGGGCAACUGGAGGGAAGAGCAAAUCCACCCCCUGUCCCCCAGGUCAGAGCUAUCCGUAGACCUAGGAAGGCUUCACCUGGGGUCCACUUUGCUAGAUAAGGGCUUAGGGGACCUGCCUUCCCGGGAGAGUAGGGAACUCGGGGCCUCCAAAGAGUUAAAGAGUUUUUCAUCAGUCAGCCAUGAAGUGGAAGAGAACAUGAGCUGCCACACCAGCUUGCUUAGUAAGGGGUUUGGCAAAGCUAGGAUGUUCCAGUGUAGAGAUGGCCUAGAACUUUUUCCCGCAAGAGAUAAGCUAAACUCCUCAGUGUUUAGUCUAGAUGGUGACAAAGACUUCUUCAGCCACUCAAGCCUGUGGAUGAAAGGGGGUGAGAGCCCAGAGAUGGCAGCCGUGAAGGCUGAGACUGUGAGACUGGCUGCUGAGUUUGAUCUCCAUGCUCAGUCUCUACAGGCUGAGCACCAUCUGCUAAGACAGAGGUUUGGGGGCAGCUUUGAUUCCAAAAUGAGUUUUGGGAUGGGGGGAAGAACCUCAAAAUUCUUCUAGGGAUUGAGGUGGGAGUGUAGGGAUAGGGAAUUUAAGAACAACUGUUCAAGAAACAAAUUGUAAAGGGAAGCUUGAGGGAUAGCUCUAAAUCAGAGACCUAGAGGGAAAUGGGGAUGGGGGAGGCUUCCUCUUUACCUUAAAAUUCCAAAUUUCCUUUAAAAAAAAAAGGGGCACCAAAUUCACACAAAUUCCAACAAGAUCUUACCCCCUUCUCCAUAUCAUUCCAUCAGUCAAUAAACAUUUAUUAAGCA